AUGAAAGAAAUCAUUACCAACGCCGAUCCUCACCGUUCCAGAAAAGAGUUUUACGAAGAACUUCUCGAGCAAAUUAAAUCUAUUUGUGAAGACCAAACUUUUUGGGUAUCAUUUGACAAUCGUCUUAGAGUCAAGUCUUCACAAUUUAACAAACCAGUUCUUUCUGCUCAGGUCACAAAUCUUUCUAACGCCUCUGCUGUUAUAUAUCAUGCUUUAAGAUCAUUAGAGCACUUUCAAAAAAAGCCUAUCAACUGGUGUGGAUUUUACCUUACAGAUCGUAAAAACGAUGAGUUGCUAAUUCUCGGACCUUUUCAAGGAAAGGUUGCUUGUACAGCCAUUCCUUUCGGUAAGGGUGUUUGUGGUGCUGCUGCUCGUACGAAGCAGUCUCAAGUGAUCCGUGAUGUACAUGAGUUUCCUGGACAUAUUGCUUGCGAUUCUGCUUCCAAUUCUGAAGUAGUGAUACCACUUAUUAAGGAUAAUCGUGUUCUGGGUGUCCUUGAUAUUGACUGCGAGAAAAUAGAGGGAUUUACUGAAGAAGAUAAAGAAGGCUUGGAAAAAAUUGCCAAGGCUAUUGUAGAUAGUUGUGAAUGGCCUAGUAAUUAA